GAGUAUAAAGAAUAAAUGGAUCCUUUAUUUAACGCUUUAAGCCAAUUUCGGCGAAGAAACUAUGAUAAAUGUGUUGAUUUAUGUACGGAAAUGUUAGAAAAGCAACCGUUAGAUCAAGCUGUUUGGUGUUUAAAAAUGAGAGCUUUAACUCAAAGGAUUUAUGUGGAUGAUUUGGAUGUUGAAGAUAUGGAUUCUGAUGUUUUUGAGGAAAGUGUUGUUGCUAGUGCACCAAGACCUGGAACAUCAAUAAAAAAUGGGAAUUUAUCGAAAAAUACAUCAACAGCAAGACCAAAAACAACCACUGGUAGACCAAUAUCUGGUAUGGUUCGACCAAACACACAAAAUAGACCUGGUUCUGCUUUGGAUCGAUUAAAAACUGCAAGACCAUUAACGAGUCAAUCAGCAAGAUCAAUAAGAUUAGGCACAGCAGUUAUGCUUUCAUCAAAAAGUGGCCCAUUCAUUCAAAUUUCUCGAUUAAAUAUAACGAAACACGCUAAAGAUAAGAAUUUAUCAAAACCACUUUUCGAAUAUCUUUAUUACCACGAAGGAAACGUUCAAGUUGCGAUGGACUUAGCGGUACAAGCGACACAAUUCUGCGAAUUUAAAGAUUGGUGGUGGAAAGUUCAAUUAGCAAAAUGUUAUUGUAGCUUGAAUUUGAUUCGGGAUGCCGAACAGCAACUUAGAAGUGCUUUAAAACAACAUUAUCAUAUAGAAACUUUUAUACGUUUAACAAGAAUUUAUAUCAGACUUGACCAACCAUUAUCUGCACAAGACGUUUGUAAAUCCGGUUUAGAAAUAUUCCCAAAUAACGUUUCGAUCCUAACGGAAAUCGCAAGACUUUAUGAACUCCAAGGAGAUAUGCAAAGUUCAAUCAAGUUUUAUCGAAACAUAGUUAGCGAAGAUGCGAUGAAUGCUGAAGCUAUAGCUUCGAUUGGUGUUUAUCAUUUUUAUAAUAACCAACCUGAGUUUUCUUUAAGAUAUUAUAGGCGGAUUUUAGCGAUGGGUGUUUAUACAGCGGAACUUUUUAACAACUUGGGGCUGUGUUGUUUAUAUUCUCAAAACUUAGAUUUGGUAUUGGCAUGUUUUCAAAGAGCUUUAGAUAUGGCUAUUGAUCCAUUAAUAAAAGCUGAUGUAUGGUAUAAUUUAUCACACGUUGCAAUUUUUGCUGGUGAUCUACAACUAGCUAUAUAUUGUUUAAAUUUAUGUUUAUCAUGUAAUCCAAAUCAUGGUACAGCAUUCAAUAAUUUAGCUGUAUUAAAUUAUAAACUAGGAAAAAUGAAUUUGGCAAAAACCCAUUUAAUAAGUGCAAAAAAUUGCGAAGAGCAUUUAGAAGAAGCUGAAACAAAUAUUAAACUUUUAAAAGAAAAAUAAAAUAACUCGUCUUUUUGUUGUACUUAUGCUUUAUUUUGACUGUGGCAGCACCAUACACUUGUUUGAAGCGUUCCUAUACGAUUUUAAUCAUCUGACAGUAUCAAAAAAAUAAAUAAAACAUAUUGUUAUGUUCUAAAAAAAACAGUUGAGCAAGUGUAUACAAUUUAAUGAUAAGAUGUAGUUUAACGUACUGGUAAAAAUACUUCUUAUCAAAAACGCUAUGUACAUGUACUUAAGGGGUAGAACA